UGCGUGGCCGAGGCUAGUCAUGGCGGACCGGAGAAAGCAGCACGUAGAGACUAUGUUAGUUUGGCUUUCUCCGGGGUACUUUCUCCUCGUACUGCUUCUUCUGCUUUCCUGCACAGCGGCGACGGCUGAAGCUGCGACCGGAGAUGGUGCGUUCAGUGCCGGGCAGUCUGCGCACAGCGUUGCAGGUGCUGCCACCGUCGCCCGGAACAUACGGUAUCUGCUGUACGAUGUCAACCCCCCCGAGGGCUUCAACCUGCGCCGUGACGUGUUCAUCCGCAUGGCGUCCCUGACCAAGACGCUGCUGCGGGAGGGCGGGGGCUGGGUGCUCGUGCUGCCCCCCUGGGGCCGGCUCUACCACUGGCAGAGCCCCGACAUCCACCAGGUGCGGAUCCUCUGGGCCGAGUUCUUCAGCGUGCCCAGCCUCGACGCCAACGUCCCCGUCAUCGAGUACGAGCAGUUUCUCGCCGAGUCAGGGGGCCCCUUCGUCGAGCAGGUGUACGUCCUGCAGAGCUACGCGGAAGGCUGGACGGAUGGGAAGUGGGAGGAGAAAGUGGACGAGAGGCCCUGCAUUGAGCGCCUCAUGUACUCCAAAGACAAACAGGGGUACUACAGAGGCUGGUUCUGGGGGUACGAGGAGACGAGGGGUCUGAAUGUCACCUGCCUGUCAGUCCAGGGCCACGCCUCCAUUCUGGCUCCUGUCCUUCUGAAGAACACCACAGCCCGGUCAGUGAUGCUGGACAGAGCUGAAACUGUCCUUCAUGACCAUUAUGCUGGGAAAGAUUAUUGGGAUACGCGCCGCAGCAUGGUCUUUGCCAAGCAUCUGCGGGUGGUUGGAGACGAGUUCAGAGCCAGGUACCUCAAUUCCACGGAUGAGAAAGACCAGACGGUUCACGGCGAGGACUGGACACAGAUGAGAGUGAAGCCGGGCACUGCGACAGGCGGCCCGUAUCUUGGGGUUCACCUCCGGCGCAAGGACUUCAUCUGGGGCCACAGGGAGGAUGUGCCCAGCCUGAAGGGGGCUGUGAAGAAGAUGCGCAGUAUAAUGAAGAAAUAUCGGCUGGACAGGGUGUUUGUAGCCACCGAUGCAGACGAAGAGGAGCUGGAGGAGCUGAAGAGAAUGUUGCCAGAAAUGGUCCGUUUUGAGCCAACGUGGGAGGAGCUGGAGCUCUUCAAGGAUGGGGGCGUGGCCAUCAUAGACCAAUGGAUCUGCGCACAUGCAAGGUACUUCAUAGGGACGUCCGUGUCAACCUUCUCCUUCAGAAUCCAUGAGGAGAGGGAGAUCCUUGGGUUUGACCCCAAAACCACCUAUAACCGCUUCUGUGGUGACAGCGAGACAAACUGUGAGCAGCCCACCCACUGGAAAAUCAUCUACUGAUCUCCACGCCUCUUUACUUGAAAGUCCUCAGCAAUGCUGGAGACGCAAAAACAUGACGAGAGGAGUGUCCUUUUUUCAUUGGUAUACAGAGAUUCAUCGGCAGAUGGCUAUGAAGACCAUCUUUUGUGCCAAGGUCUUUUUAAACCAACAAGAAGCAUUUAAUGCUCUUGGUCUACCUGACUGCUGGUACGUCCUCACUGAGUGAAUCAUGCAGUGCGUUCCUUCAGGGCGCUGGAACGGUGGAAAGAUCAGCACCAGAUUUUAACAUGAAAAUUAAACAGCGUAUUAUUGCUGAAUAGUCUAAAUGAGAUUCUCUAAUAAGGUAGGCGUUUCUACAGAACCUUGAUAUAGUGUGUCUGUCCUAAUAAGCGGCGCCCUGCAGUGUCAGAUGUCCAUUUUCCCCCCCGAGUAAAUGGAAUUAUUUUGCUCUCCACCCCUGGCUCUGAACCCUGGUUAUAAAUGUCAACUUUCUACAUCUCCAUCGCCACAACGGGCCACGUCAGACCCUGCAUGAUGCACAAGACCUUACUGCCACACAUGGAUGUUUGUGUUUGCUCUGCUUUGUGCUUGGUGGCAUUUACACUUUUCGGGCCCCUGUGUUGUAAUGUCGGGUCUCCGUAAGAAGGCAAAGUGCUGGAAUGACAUCAGACCGUUUCUAAAACACUAAAUCGAGGGCUGUGUGGCUUCAAUGUAGACUAUAAUGGCCAUGAAAAGUCCGGAGCUCCUUGUGAUUAGUUUAUUGGUACAAAGGUGUUAACUAAAUUUUUAAGAUAAAAAAAAAAUGGGAUUGUUGACUUUUUCAUGUAUUUAAGUAACCAUUUCAAGAAACUGAAUUUUUAAUCAUGCAGGAAAUAAUGGCCAAAUCCAGCCGCUCCUACUCAGGGUGCUGUGUUGCAGAUGGUAAAUGUGCUUUAACAGUCUAACUUGUGUUUUGUUGAUUUGGAUUUUUCACCACACUGCACAUUGUAUCCUGAUGGACCUGAUGGAUCGGAGAAUAAUUUUAAAAUCACACUCCAGAGUGUACAUUUGUUCUUAUAAACAAAGGCCGUCCGACACAGUACAUAAUACUGAAAAAAUCCCUGACUUCGCAGGUUGUCUCCCUUGUGAGCAUGUUUACAGUAAUUGCCUUUUUUACACAGACUACACUAGAAGAAAAAUAUUUUGCCACAUUUGUGUUACCUCUGCAAAUUACAGUAUUCACUUUUACAAAAAUGAGAUGGUGUAGCAGCUGAAAUCUUAGAAAACAGAAGAAUGGUUAGUAACCUUGCAUAAUUAUCUGAAGUAAUCUGAAAGUGUGUGGCGUGUUAUGUAUUAACCAGUUCAGUGUAUACAUAUUUUGUUUUACAUAAGAAUGAAGCAGUGGUUUAUACACCGUUGCCUGUCUGAUUCCACUUUUUUUUUACUUUAGAUGUAAAUGGAAUAUUAGCUGUUUCUGCUCUGAGUUGCUGAAUGAGGUAUACACCAUGUGUAUGUCUUUCUGUUAACAGUAUUUUUUACACUUGCACAAUCCGAUGUUAAUACUGUACAUGUAUGGUCAUCUUCUGCAGGAAAUAUUGCUUUAAAUUGAAAUUAAAUGACUCUGGUUUCUGCAGUUCUACUCCUGCAUUAUGGUUGAGCAUAAAGAAUUACUUGAUCCUCAUGCUGUUUUCAAACUUAUGUAAUUUUUGUGUUUGUUAAAAGCGAGAAGCACUUCUCAUCAUUUACACCGGGAGUGUCCAAUCCUGGUCCUGGCGGACUAAUAUGUCCACGGGCUUUUGAUCUGCAGGAUGAGAACCUUAAGAUCAACCAACUGCUUGUCUUCUAUCAUUUGUACCUGUCUUAUUUUCUCGUGUUCAUUCUAACUCUGCUCAUAAUGAACCGUUUCAAUAAAGAUUUGAUUCAGUUCGUUUAAGCCGG